AUGCAGCCCUUGAGCCUCCCGGGUGCUCGGUCACCGUGCCGGAGCGGGCGCGGGCAGAAUAGCUGCCGCCUACCGCUGGGCUGCCUCUGAACAGGAAGCAGUGCCCGGGCCGUGGAGGCCCGCCCCCAUGUAGCGACGAGCCCGCCAGCCUCAGGGACACGAGCGGGGGGGCGGGGGAGGCUGAGAGGGCGGGGAAGCGUGAUGGCUGGCAGAUGAAGCUGCAACUCUGCGGCUGCUCAGAAGCAGCUUCGCCAUGCAGCUGCAGCAUCCAUGUUGACGGCCAAAAGCGGAAGUCGUUAGACAGAGCGGAAGGGGAGCCUGCAGGGAGCCGCCAGAUAG